AUGACACCUACGAGAUCUUUUCUUCACACUGGAGUGGACUACGCCGGACCGGUGCUGCGGACGACCAGGGAACACGGCCAUAAAGCGUAUAAGGCGGUCAUUGCGGUGUUUGUCUGCCUGGCUACAAGGGCUGUCCACCUGGAAGUGGUCUUCGAUUACACCUUUGAAGUUUUCUUACCUACUUUGCGCCGUUUUACAUCUCGCCAGCAACGGCGCAUUGCGGAGCAAUUGGCUUGCGACCAGAUCCAGUGGAGUUUCAACCCACCGUCGGCGCCCCACUUCGGAGGCCUCUGGGAAGCAACCGUGAAGUCACUGAAGCACUAUCUCCGGCGAGUAUUGGGCGAGGCGACCCUCACUUACGAGGAAAUGAGCACUCUCCUCACCCAAGUGGAGGGCUGCCUGAAUUCAAGGUCCCUAUAA